AUGGGUGGAAAUUGGCACUUCGCUAGAAGAGGUGAAAGACUUGUAUCAUUUAAGGGUAGUGUGAGGCUAGUACAUACAACGUGCCGAAUCUCUGUCCCUAGGACCUUCCCAAGAAAUGAAGGAAACAGCUUGUCUAAUAUCUCAAGGGAUAAAAAGACAGUUCCAGAAGCAGAUCCUCCCAGUAUCAAAGAUAUUCAUCUUUUGUAUGAUUUUUUGGACCAGAGUACCAAGCUCACAAUAUUGACCGGAGCUGGAAUCAGUACAGAGUGUGGCAUACCCGACUACAGAAGCCCCAAUGGAGCUUACAGUUCUGGUUUCAAACCAAUAACCCAUCAGGAGUUUCUCCGUUCAAGUCGUGCUCGAAGGAGAUAUUGGGCAAGGAGCUAUGCCGGUUGGAGGAAAUUUACAGCGGCACAACCAUCAGCUGCCCAUACUGCUUUGGCUACACUAGAUAAAGCUGGCCGAAUCAAUUUUAUGAUUACCCAAAAUGUUGAUAGGCUGCAUCAUCGGGCCGGUAGCAACCCAUUAGAAAUACAUGGGACUGUAUACACUGUAAUUUGUUUAGAGUGUGGAUAUUCCUUUUGCCGGAGCUUAUUUCAAGACCAGUUGAAGACCCUUAAUCCAAAGUGGGCAGAAGCAAUAGAUAACUUGGAUCAUGGAAACCCUGGAUCCGAGAAGAGCUUUGGCAUGAAACAAAGACCUGAUGGUGAUAUUGAGAUUGAUGAAAGAUUUUGGGAGGAGGAUUUUGUAAUCCCAACAUGUCAUAAGUGCAAUGGAGUUCUCAAACCUGAUGUUGUCUUCUUUGGUGAUAAUGUUCCCAAGGACAGAGCUGCUAUGGCAAUGGAAGCGUCUAGAAGAUGUGAUGCUUUUCUUGUACUUGGGUCGUCUGUGAUGACCAUGUCUGCUUAUCGACUUGUCAGGGCAGCUCAUGAGGCUGGUGCUGCUACUGCAAUUGUGAACAUAGGUGUGACACGUGCUGAUGAUUUUGUGCCCUUAAAAAUCAAUGCACGAUUGGGUGAGAUCCUACCUAGGGUACUUGACAUGGGAUCUAUGAGCAUACCUGCUGUAUAA